UGCAACGAAGCCCCACAGCGCCCCUCUCUCUCUCUCUCUCCCCUGUACUUAUAUAGUCACCUCUUUCUCAUUCUCACACGGAAAGAGAGAUAAAGAGAAAGGCAAGAGAAGGGAGAUCAUGAUGGCGGAGGAAGGAAGAGGAGCGCCGCACGGUGUGCUAUUAGCAGUGGUGGUAGGAGUGGUGGUGGCAGUGCCGUUCCUCCUUGGCGACGGCGGCGAAGCACUGUUAGAAGCUAUCUCCGAACUCGUAACUCCCGCGGGGCUUCUACUCCUCCCAGUUACUCUCAUACUUGUAAUCAGGUUCUUGUCGUCGGACCGCGGCACCGCCUUCUCCGACAUCUUCUCCUUCGGCUCCCCGGACUCCAUCCACCGCGUCGGCGGGUCUCCUAUCGGCGUCGCGCUCGUCUUGCUCCUCCUCCUCUUCCUCCUCUACAACCGCAUCUCCCUCUUCGGCGGCGACGAUGAGGGUAUACUCAAACGAAGAAGCAACUCUUCUGUCAUGCAGUCUUUCAUCAUCCUUUCCUGCAAGACAUUCAAAUGACAUUUGCAAGCCUAGUGUAGUAUAUGGGUAUAAUGUUGCUUGGAAAACCCAGACAAACGAGGUCUUCAAACUUUUCCUUUAUAUGGGAGGUGAUUGCUUCCCAAUUUUCUUUUUCCAUGAACAGAAAUUGGAUAAAAGCUGCGAUGUUCUUCAACCAAGUGGUGCUUGCCACAGAAAACAUCUUUCUGCCCAAAAUGACCUGACUUCCUUGAAGCUCCGAUCUUCAUAUUGCUUCUUCUUUCAUCCUUUCCGAUUCUAUAAUUCUAGUUACUAAUUGUUGUGGUUGAAACUUGGCCUGAGGGUGACCACGCCGGAAGAAGCCGAGAAGACGCUGGCGGUGAUGAGGAAAGAGAACCACCUCCUGCGCUGUGGGAUACCUGUACAAAGUCUUGGCCGAAGAUUCCGGCAAAGGCUCUCCUGUGGCUAAGUUAGUCGGAUUU